AAUAUGAGUACAUAAGAGUCACCAUCUAAUGCCGGCAAUUUCUGUGAAGAUACCACUGAGUCAUUCAAGCUGUGGCACUUGGAUCGAGGACAGAGAAAAUGGAAGAGAGAGAGGCCAUUGUAGUUGUAGAGUAGUAGUACUACUGCUUAGUUUAAGACAUGAAUGAACAAUCAAGAAUUUGAAAGAAAUUAGAGUGUGUGUGUGUGUUUUUCUUGAUAAAGGUAAUCAAGAAAGAAAGAAAAAAAAAAUGGGCUCCUCAAAAACCCAUCAUUGUGUCUUCAAUCCCAAGUUAAAAAAGAAAGACAUGAUGUGAUUGCCUCCAUUACCUGUUUUUUCUUCUUCUUACCUUCUCUCUUUAUUAGUAUUGUUAAAAAGUUUCAAUCUUUCUGUAAUUUCAUCUGAGGAAUCUUUUGAGGAAAUUGACAAAACCCCAGUUUUGGGCAAUUUCAUAACUUCAGAGCUGAUUAGCAGAACCCCAGUUGUUGGUGUAGUUUUGGGCAAUUCCAUAACUUCAGAGCUGAUUAGCAGAACCCCAGUUAUUGGAGUACUUUUGGGCAAUUCCUUAGCUACAGAGCUGAUUAGCAAAACCCCAGGUAGAUUAUUUUGGAGUGUUGGCUUAGGUUUAGUCUAGCUGCAAGUUGGAGCAACGCUACUAUGCUUAAGCAAAUUCUUGCAAAACUUCCUAGGAAAUCAUCAAAAUGUGAUACGUUUGAUUCAUCGGGAAGCAAUUCCUGCAACAACACCUCAAACCUGGGGAAUGGAAUUCAAUUUACCAAUAGUUGCACCGUCAUAGCAAACAGGCUGAAUGUAGUGAAACGGAUGUCGACAGCAAUUUUUCCUGCGAGUAUUGUGGCUGGUGGUGAGUCUGUGGCACCACAUGUGCCCUUUAAAGAUGUUUCAAAUGCGGAGAAGCAAAGCUUAUUUGUAAGCAAGUUGAAUCUCUGCUGUACCAUUUAUGAUUUCAAUGAUCCAGAUAAAGAUUCCGCAGAGAAGGACUUGAAACGACAAGUUUUGCUGGAGCUGAAUGAGUUUGUUGCUUCAGGAUCUGCAAGAUUCACGGAAUCAGCAAUUGCUGCAGUAUGUAAAAUGUGUGGAGUUAACAUGUUCAGAACUUUUCCUCCCAAGUAUUUCUCAGCUCGUGGUGAAAGUGAAGAUGAAGAACCAAUGUUUGAUCCAGCUUGGUGUCAUUUACAACUUGUUUAUGACUUGUUCCUUAGCGUAAUCGGCCAAGGUUCUCUUGAUGCAAAGGUUGCUAAGAAAUACGUGGACCAUUCUUUUAUAUUGAAACUGCUUGACCUAUUUGAUUCUGAGGACCCAAGAGAAAGAGAAUGCUUGAAAUCAAUAUUGCAUCGCCUUUAUGGGAAGUUCAUGAUGCACCGGCCUGCUAUUCGAAAGGCUGUAAGCAAUAUCUUUUAUCGUUUCGCUUUUGAGACUGAAAGACAUAAUGGGAUUGCGGAGCUGCUGGAGGUUUUCGGAAGUGUAAUUAGUGGUUUUGCUUUACCAUUAAAGGAAGAGCAUAGAUUAUUCUUCUCAAGGGCCUUGCUACCUCUACACAAGCCAAAAUCCUUGGGUAUCUAUCAUCAACAAUUAGCAUAUUGUGUUGUACAGUUCAUAGAAAAGGAACAAAAUCUGGCUAGCAUAGUGAUAACGAGAUUGUUGAGAUAUUGGCCAGUGACAAGUAGCCAGAAACAAUUGAUGUUCAUCAGUGAGUUGGAGGAGAUUUUAGAAAUGAUCAGUAUUCCAGAGUUUGAGAAAAUCAUGGUGCCACUGUUUCGUCGUAUCGGCUAUUGCCUUAACAGCUCCCAUUUCCAGGUGGCUGAAAGAGCACAUUUUUUGUGGAACAACGAUAACGUCCUUAACCUCGUGAUGCAUAACAGGCAUGUGAUCAUGCCAAUUAUUAUCUCAGCUUUAGAAAGGAACAGCCAGAACCACUGGAAUAAAGCAGUUCUUAACCUCAGUCAAAACGUGAGGAAAGUCUUUUCCGAGAUGGAUGAAGAGCUUGUACUCGAGUGCCAACACAAGCUUGAAGAAGAUAAUGCAAAGUCAAAUGUAGCAGCUGAGAGACGAAGGUUGACAUGGGAGCGCCUAGAAAUUGCCGCUAAUUAUGAACCUGUUACCGUUCCUUCUAAUAUUCCAGGUCUGGUUAAACCCCCCACCUGUCUCGUUUCUUGCUAAUUUGAUCUUGAUCGAUAGAAAGAACCAUUUUAGCUCUCAUUCACACGGUUUUUAUUUCGUGAAGAAGUAAAAAGGAAACAUGCAUGUCCUGUUUCUUUAGUGUAUGGAUUUUGUGUCUUGGAAUAUGGAUGUAUAUAGGAGAUGCCACAAGGCAUCAUGUUCACAUUUCAACUAUUUCCCAAAGCUGUGCUAAGUGACUUGCUACUA